UCUUCAGAGUUCGCGGUGAGUGGUUGGCGUUAUCGCGGUCAGCUGUCGGUCUCACGGUAGCCUCAGACUCUUGUCCGAUCAAUUAAUCGGUGGCAUUAAUCGCCGUUCUGUGCGGUCGCGAGGACAGUUGUUCAGGUGACAAGUGUGCCUAGAGAUUUCACGUGUAAAUAGCUGAAAAGUGAGGGACAUCAACAGGUGCUCCAAAAGUGAUUUUUGUGCAUCUCCAGUGGAAUUUAUUGAGGCAGUUUAACAAGUCAUUGGAUAUAUAUUAAGUAUCAACAGUCUCUUUAGUCACCAAAAAGACUAUUUUCGGAUCACAUUUUUUGCCGUGAGAUAGUAUGGAAAUAGGCGAAAAAGUGGCACACUUCAUUGGUUGACACAACGCACUAUUCGUUUUCUUAUAUUUGAGAAGAGUUCUCAAAGGACAACGCAUCUAAGAUGGUCGUCAAAACUGCCGAGUCGUUAGAUAAGAAGCCUUUAAUCAAUAGGAAUUUAGUGUCUCUCAAAUGUGUUCUCUUCAUAUUCUUCGGCGGCCUAGGCUGCCUAUAUCCCUUCUUGCCACUCCACAUGAUCGCCACGGGACUGAACUAUGAGGAGUCUCGGAUAGUGUCGAUAGUGGCGCCUCUGGUGUCUCUCCUGGGACCUCUGGUGGCCGGAAUCCUGGCGGACAGAAUGGCAGGCCGCAAAGGAUCACUGUCAGGGCGAUAUCUCAGAGUCAUGAUAGCCUUAGCGAUGAUCUUCGCCGCCAUUUUCUAUGCCAUUCUCCUCGCUGUGCCGCCAUGUCAGCGCUGGGAAACACGACGACCUCUGGUGAGCUUCGCAUGCGACUCAAAUGGGGCGGAAAUCUUCCAAGAGCGCUGCACCGAGGAGAAAACCUGCUAUCACUGGGAGAGGGCGAAGAUGGGAAAACUGGUGCUGACCAACUGCUCCUACACGUGCCAGAAGCCCAGUCAGUUCGAGAAGCUCUACAAUCCAUGGACCCACGGAGCUCCUCAGGCACUCACCGAGAGCCUGUCCUCCGAGGCGGACUACGACAAUUACGACGACGGGGCAAACUAUGAGGGAAGUCUGGCGGAGAGAUUGAGGCGCAAUGUUCACGUGGAGCAGGUGUUUGUGGAGCCUCCGCAUCUCUGUCUGCACAAGACUGCCGACGGCGAGACCACGGAGGACACCAUCUGCCAUGUGUACACGGAAGAUACCAAGUCCAUUAGCAUCCAGGCGACACUCAGAGGCGCCACGAAUCAGGAGAACGAGACGCACAGUGCAGAGUGGUGCAAGUAUCCCUUGGACGGCUUCAGCUGCCACAUUCCACCUGCCCAGGCGACGUACAUGAAGCUGUACAAGAACACAACCAAGUGCAAGCCAAUGGUGGAGUGCGAGGUUCACGAUCCCUAUGACAGUCCCGGAAGCGUCCUGGCGGAGAGCCAAUGCAAAAAGGUGGUUGGAAAUCCUGAGGAGACGUUCUGGAUGUACCUGAUCAUUCGCAGCGUGGCUGACAUCUUCCCAACGGCCGCCAUUGCUCUGCUAAACGCCGCCAUUGUGAUCGCCACGCGAGAGACUUCAUCGGGACGCGGUGACUUUGGGCGACAGAUGGCGUGGGGAUCACUGGGCUGGGCCAUAUUCGCUCCCAUCAUGGGCGCCAUUGGCCAUCCCGAAGGCACUCCUGUCUACUUCGUUCCGUUCGUCGUGUUCGUCGUGCUGAUGGUGCUGGGCGCGUUGGUGGUGCUCCUGGCCAGCGCCAUGCCUCUCAGUCCGCCCGAGUGGUGGUGGCACACCAAGAGCGGCAUGCUGGCCAUUCCCAUGUCCGCCAUCCGGAAGUAUGCGCCAGAAACUGGCGCUCUGCUCUUCGUCGUCACCGUUCUCGGCAUCUUCUGGAGCGCCAUUGACUCCUACCAAGCGUGGCACAUCAUCGAGCUCGCCGGCGAAGGUGUCACUGGCUCUGAUUUGCUGGUGGGACUCACUCUCACUGUCGGCGCACUGCCGGCCAUUCCCAUUCUGUGGAAUGCCGAGAAGAUCGUGGACUUCUGCGGACACUCGAACAUCCUCAUUGGCGCCUUCAGCGUCUACAUUCUCCGCUACACGGGACUGGCAAUCCUGGACACGCCCUGGUGGACGCUGCUUAUGGAGGCGAUGGAGCCCGUGACGCUGGGCCUGUCCUGGGCCACCAUUGUCAUGUACAUGCGCCACCUGAUGCCGCGUCGUCUCACCGCCACGGCCCAGGCGCUGCCCGUGAUGGCGCACUUCUGUCUAGGCAAGAGUCUGGGCGCCCUCCUGGGUCUAGUCAAGUCCGGCAACACGCUGGCCUCCCUGCAGUGCGUCUACCGCGCCAUGGCCAUCGCGGCCGCCGUGAUCGCCGUCAUCUACUUCUGCCUCUAUCACUGCCUCCUGGCGCCCAGGUGCGCCGCCAAGUCGCAGCCUCCGCCAGACACCGCCCCUUCAACAGACGCCAAUGGAGCUGGAAACACAUCGCCCAACACCAAUGGCAACUACACACCACUCAGAGUCUAUCAUCAGGGACGCGGCAGAAAAGGACACUUCCGCUACUAAAGCGCCGUCAGUCACAAUGUCGCGUCAAGGCACAAUAUUUAUAUUUUUACGUUAGUAUUUAUUACUCAAGUGAACUCUGCAAUCUCAGCAUGAUCUUUUAGCCGCUGAACUGCAGAUUUGCUAAAACAAAACAAUUGUACGAUGAGCUUUUAGCCUUAAAAUGGGUGCUGACAAUUUGGACAUUACACUUUCCUUGCUGCUGCGAAAUCACCAGAAUUGUGUGGAAUAAAACUGAAAUCAUUGCCUUAAAUGUGUAAAAAAAAAGAAAAA